AUGGCAGACAAUGAUACACCCGACCGAUCAUCAAUCCAAUUGAAGAAAGACCUCGCAACUGCCGAGCAUGAUGAGAAUGUGGGUGCGAUCGAGUCGACCUCUGAUCUGGCCUAUGGCGUGGGCGGCAUCCGCGGUCUCUUCCGCUCGUGGUAUGUCUUUGGGUCGGCGACUCUGGCCUCGCUGGGCGGCUUCUCCAUGGGGUAUGACAUGGGUGUGAUCUCUAUCAUCAACGUGAUGGAUCAAUUCCAUGCCGUGUAUCCUCGUUCUGAAACUGCUUUCGGAAAGGGUCUCAUGACAGGAAUGUUGCUGCUAGGUGCCUUUGUCGGCUGUCUCUUCAUGUCCUAUCUAGCCGAUCGCAUCUCCAGGAAAUGGGCCAUCACAGUUGUUGUGGUUAUCUUCGACAUCGGCGCUAUCUUGCAGACUGCAGCCGUGAACUACGACAUGCUAGUUGCUGGCCGCUUCAUCGGCGGUAUAGGAGUGGGCACUCUGGCCAUGGGUGCACCCCUAUACAUCUCCGAAACCUCACCCCCCGAACUCCGCGGAAUCCUCCUCGUACUCGAAUCCAUCUCCAUCACACUCGGCGUCGUCAUCGCCUACUGGAUCACCUACGCCACCCGCUACAUCCCCAGCGAAGCCUCCUUCCGCCUCCCCUUCGGCCUCCAAAUGGUGACCGCCACCCUCCUCGGCAUCGGCAUUCACUUCUACCCCUACUCCCCGCGCUGGCUCGCCCUCGUCGACCGCCAAGACGACUGUCUCUCCAGCCUCUCCAAACUCCGCGGCCUCCCACGCACAGACCCCCGCAUCCAAGCCGAAUUCCGCACCAUCGUCUCCGAAGUCACCUACCAGCGUAUAGUCCAAGACCGCCGCCACCCCGGCGCCACAGGUCUCAAACUCGAGCUCUUCUCCUGGCUGGACCUUUUCUCCCGAGGCACCUGGAAACGCGUCGCCGUGGCCUGCGGCGUGGGGUUCUUUCAACAGUUCUCGGGUAUCAACGCGUUUAUUUACUACGCGCCCACACUUUUUCAAUCCCUGGGACAAUCGGAUAGCAUGUCCACCAUCUUAUCCGGCGUAUUCAACAUUAUUCAAGCCGUGGCAGCAGUGUUUUGUGCGUUCAUUAUCGAGGGGGUCGGGCGACGCGCACUAGCUAUCUAUGGCGCGUUUGGCAUGGCCAUAGCGUACAUGAUUAUUGCUGUUUUAUCCGGGUUGUACUCAGAUAAUUGGGCAAGCCAUGUGGCAGCAGGCUGGGGGUGCGUCGCCAUGGCCUUCGUGUUCAUUCUCAUCUACGGCGUGUCGUAUUCCCCGUUGGGAUGGGCGCUUCCGGCAGAGGUGUUUCCUAAUGCGUCCCGGUCGAAGGGCGUCGCGUUGGCGACGUGUACUAUCUGGUUGUCGGAUUUUAUUAUCGGAGUGGUGACCCCUUCUAUGUUGUCGGAUAUCGGGUACAGGACAUAUGUGUUCUUUGCGGUGAUGUGUACGUUGGCUGGGGUGUGGGCGGUGCUGUUGGUGCCGGAGACGAGUGGGAAGACGUUGGAGGAGAUUGAUGGGUUGUUUGGGGAUGCGGGGGCUAGAGCGGAGAGGGAGAUUGUUAGGGAUGCUAUGGUUGGUGCGGGGGAUAUGGGGGGUGUGUAG